AUGUCUAUGAUCACGUCGACGGCGUGGGUGCCGCGGGGCUUUGCGGCGCCCUUCCCCAAGAAGUACGACUUUGACGAGGACGAGUUCGAGAGGAUAGCGGAGCUCGCCAAGCUGCAGCUCGACGAUGCCAACGAGGACCUCGAGGAGGCGCAGGCCGAGGCCGAGGAGGCCGAGGGAGAGGCCAUGGAUGCAGAGGCAGAGGGAGUGAAGGACAAGAAGGAGAAGAAGAAGAAGAGCAAAAAGUCAGAAGAAAUUAAUGUCGACGACGACGACCUCAAGGAGUACGACCUGGAGCACUACGACGACGAAGACGACACCCCGGCGGCGGCACAGGGCCUGGGCAUGUUUGGCAACAUCAAGUCCCUGGCCUACUACGACUCCAACAAGGACGACCCCUACAUCACGCUCAAGGACGGCGACGAGGACGAGGACGAGGACCGGGAAGAGCUCCAGAUCCUCGCCACCGACAACCUCGUGCUGGCGGCCAAGGUGGAGGACGAGAUGGCCCACCUCGAGGUCUACGUCUACGAGGACUCGGCCGACAACCUCUACGUGCACCACGACGUCAUGCUCCCCGCGAUACCCCUGUGCCUCGAGUGGCUCGACAUCCCCGUCGGCAAGUCGGACAAGCCUCAGGACGCGACGGCCAACUUUGUCGCCGUCGGCACCAUGGACCCGGACAUUGAGAUCUGGGACCUCGACACCGUCGACUGCAUGUACCCCAACGCGAUCCUGGGCCAGGGAGGCAGCGCCGCCGGCGAGGACGGCACCAAGAAGAAGAAGAAGAAGAAGUCCAAGUCGAAGCGCGCCAACGACGAGUACCACGUCGACGCCGUGCUCUCGCUGGCCGCGAACCGCAAGCACCGCAACCUGCUGGCCUCGGCGUCGGCCGACAAGACGGUCAAGCUGUGGGACCUGCACACGAGCCGGUGCGCCAAGUCGUACUCGUACCACACCGACAAGGUCUGCUCGCUGGCCUGGCACGCGACCGAGUCGACGGUCCUGCUGAGCGGCAGCUACGACCGCACCGUCGUCGCGUCCGACAUGCGCGCGCCCGACGCCAAGGCGCCGCGCUGGGGCGUCGAGAGCGACGUCGAGAACGUGCGCUGGGACCCGCACGACGCCAACUACUUCUUCGUGUCGACCGAGGGCGGCGUCGUGCACUACCACGACGUGCGGGCCGCCCCCUCGGACCCGUCGCGGACCAAGGCCGUCUGGACGCUGCAGGCGCACGACGAGUCGGUCUCGUCGUUCGACGUCAACCCGGCCAUCCCGGGCUUCAUGGCGACGGGCUCGGCCGACAAGACGGUCAAGCUGUGGAACAUCCAGCCCGGCUCGGGGCCCGCGAUGGUGGUCUCGCGCAACCUCGACGUGGGCAGGGUCUUCUCGGCGAGCUUCGCGCCCGACCCCGAGGUCGCGUUCCGGCUCGCCGUCGCGGGCAGCAAGGGCGCGCUGACGGUCUGGGACACGAGCACCAACGCCGCCGUGCGCAAGGCGUUCGCGACCAAGGUGCCGCAGGCGCCCGAGGGCGGGGACGUGCGGGAGCGGCUCGUGGGCGUGGCGGACGUGGAGAGCAGCAGCGAGGACGACGACGACGACGAGGACGAAGAGGGGGAGGAAGACGGCAGCGAGAGUGGGGAAGGGGGUGCGGGUGUCGGCGAGGACGAGGACGAGUCUAUGGAUGAGGCUUGA